GACAGCCAGCCUGGCCGGGCCAGCAGCUGCCUCCCCCGGCUGGGAAAACCAACAGGGGUCGGUGCAGGCGGAGUGGAGGAGUGGAGAGAUCCGGGCGAAGAGACGAGGAGCUGGACAACUGUCAAAACCGAGGUCAGUGAGAUAUAAAUAGAGGAGCUAGUGGCUGUAUUUUUCCUCCAGGACUCGGGAAAACAUGUUUUCACAGUGACUGGACUCAGAAGCAGAAGAAGGGGAUAUGAUUUUCUUUUCUUUUCUUUUUUUUUUGUACCCCGCACAUUGCUCUCACUACUCCGUUACGGGAGCCUGCCUAGCAACGUGAAGGAGCAGCCGCUUCUCUCCCUGCCUUCCCGCGGCUGGAGCUCCGGAUAAAACGUGUGCGGAUGCUGCGAUGUUUUCUGCUUUAUUUUUGCAUUAAAUAACAUCUCCGGGACGGGGAGCAAACUCCGGCGAGGUAAAGAGCCCAGAGAAGCAGCGAGGAAAAUACCAAAAAUAUUUAUUUGAUAGGCAGAUAGAGGGGGGCAAUGGUGUAGAACCGACAUAAGGAGAGGGAGGAGAGGAGGAGUCGCAGUAGGAGAAGAGCCAAAAAACCUGUUUGUUCAUCGGGCUGGGGAAAUGAGGAGGAGAAGGGACGGGCGACCUCUUCGUUAAGUGUAACACAUCCUAGGGAUCAAUGUGAGUGGACGAGAGGGGGCUGCAAGAAGCGGACAUUAGCCCAGAUUUCCCCGGGACGCGGCGAUGGGGUUCGGCCGGGUUCACAUACUCCGUCUGCCGGCCGCAGCCUCAGCAGCAGCAGCAGCAGCAGCUAGAGAAGGAGGAGAUUAGAGAGAGCAGCCACUGAGGAGGUGACCCUUAUCAUAUCCUGAAGGAGGAGAGACACAGAGCAUGACCCUGCAUUUGUCAGCAGUGCCAAAGAAGAGCCUGGGAGUAGCCUCCAUGGCCAGAGAAUCAUUGCCUUCCUAGCUCCAUCAGGAGCCCUGAUAACCCUGCACCAGGGGGCUCAAGCUUUCCCUUGACUCCACUAGGAGGCUCACUCCAACCCAUCUGCCAGCUCAGAUAACCCUCUGAAAGUUGGCAACCACAUGUUUGAGGUGACUGUAUGUGACCAGCGCCGCCGCCCAUUCCUGAGCAGCAGCCUCCUGCAACCUCAAUCUGCACCAUGCAGUGGAGACGGCGGCACUGCUGUCCCAUCAAGAUGACCUGGACUGUCAAGCGUUCACUCUUCCGGACCCACGUGGCGGGCCUCCUCUCGCUGGCCCUACUUUUUACCCUUUUCUUAUUCUUCAGUCAACAGGACUGGUUGCCAGGACGCAGCGGGCCCCGGGAAAACCCUCUGGCCUAUACUGUCAGGGGCUUCCGCAGCCCCAAGGUAGAUGCCAACCAGAGCAGCUCCCUAAGGAGCCUCUGGAAGGAGACAGGGUAUGUCGCACCCAAGCCUCUGCUCAACCUCAGCUCUCAGCAGGCAGAGGGGGCCAGUGAAGCAGGAGGAGGAGGAGCAGGAGGAGGAUCUAGGACGGGUGUAAUGGGGCUUGAGGAUUCAAUGAGCGCUAACAACAGUUUACAAAAAGAGAUGGGUGUGGGAGGGAGGCUCAGUGCCCAGCCUUACCGCUACAUCCUAAAUGAGCCCUUCAAGUGCAGGGACAGCACACCCUUCCUCAUCCUCCUCAUUGCUGCUGAACCUGGCCAGGCCGAUGCCCGCAAUGCCAUCCGCCAGACAUGGGGAAAUGAGAGCGUGGCAAUGGGGCUUGGCUUUGUUCGACUCUUUUUGCUCGGCACAGGAAAGAGCUCAGACACGUUUCUCCAGAGCAGCAUAGAGGAGGAGAGCCGAGUUUACCAUGACAUCAUCCAACAGGACUAUCAGGACACAUACUACAACCUGACCAUCAAAACCCUGAUGGGCAUGAACUGGGUGGCUACCCAUUGUCCACAUGCCUGCUACGUGAUGAAGACGGACAGCGACAUGUUUGUCAAUACUGAGUAUCUCAUCCAGAAGCUGCUGAAGCCUGAGCUGCCUCCCCGGCAGAAAUACUUCACAGGCUACCUGAUGAGAGGAUAUGCACCAAACCGGAACAAGGACAGCAAGUGGUACAUGCCGCCUGAGCUGUACCCCAGUGAGCGCUACCCCAUAUUCUGCUCGGGUACGGGGUACGUGUUCUCAGGGGACAUGGCUGAGCUGAUCUACCAAGCCUCUCUCAGCAUACGCAGGCUGCAUCUGGAAGAUGUGUACGUGGGGAUCUGCCUGGCGAAGCUGCGUAUCGACCCGGUGCCGCCUCCCAACGAGUUCCUCUUCAACCACUGGAGGGUGUCUUACUCCAGUUGUAAGUACAGCCACCUGAUCACAUCCCACCAGUUCCAGCCCAACGAACUCAUCAAGUAUUGGCACCACCUGCAGACCAACAAGCACAAUGCCUGUAUCAACAUGGCCAAGGAAAAGAAUGGGAGGUACAGACACCGAAAGUUUCACGGCGAGAGACCUCAGUGAUGUUACCCAGCACCUGCCUUGGCAAGGAAGGCGACAGACGGACAUGGUGACAGCUUGAGCCAGAGCAGGGCAUGUUGAGAGAACUUAGCACUAUACACUCUAUGGGAAAGAGCACAUUGUUUUUGGUAUUGUGUACAGUCGAUGAUCAAAACUAUUUUUUUAUUUUAAGAAAGAUGUUAAGUAUUGUAAACCUGUUCAGCUGUUUCUAAAAGGGAGAGUGGAGUACAUGUCUAUGUGCAAUAUGAAGCAUGCACAAAAAAGUACAACAGGUCAAGAGUGGUGGUUAUGAUACUUCAGGUGCCAAUAGAAAAGUGGUAAUUCACACUACGAUUUAAUGUGAGUAUUCUCUCUACACAGGUCGUACCUGUUAUAUCACUAAUAGUGGAGCCAACUCCGCGACAAAUCUUUAAAAAAAAAAUUUAAGACACAAAGUCGUGUUUACACAGACAAAGGGAAAUGUACAUGUAUAAUGGUGAAAGUUACACUACCUAAAUAUGAAUGAAAGUAUCUUUGACGUGGACCAGUUAUGCUGCCCUGUUUCUCAAUGUUUACUUUACAGAAAUAUCAAAAAAAAAAAUGAGACUCUAAUGAGAUGGUUUAUCUGUCAUAUUCUGUAUUUUAUUUACAACCAAUGCGAAAGCACUCAGAAUCACAUGUCAGAGAUGACUGAGAUUGUAUUUUUUAAAGCUUUACAUUGAGUGAGUAUGAGUCUGCACUUGAGCAAAUGUGCAAUGAAUCAAAUAACAAUUAAAUGUAUUGAAUUCAA